AUGUCGGCUCCCGACGCUGAAAAGGCGUGGACCGCUGACAACACCGCCACCGCCGGACCUUACGACACUCACGAACCACAACCCAUAGCCGAGGAGCCAUUAGAUCAGCCCGACUCCGACAGAGACCUCGACGAGAAAGCACAACAAUUCGAAGCCGUCGAAGAGAGCAGUUCUCAGGACGGCAGCGAUGACUUCCGAAAAGAAAUCAACCGAGAUCGAACACCCCUCAAACGAGAACGAAGUAACUGGACCACCGACACGGGCGUCACUAGUAUCGCCACUUCAUAUCACCCGGAAGACGAACCUCCGCAGAAGAAGACAUGGACUCGGAAAUUGAAUCCCCUCAAGUCGAAGACUUUGCCACCCAUACCCAAGGAACGACUGACAUCACGGGAAUAUCAAGCGGGAUUUUUCAGUCUUCUCACUUUCCAAUGGAUCGCGCCACUGAUGGGCGUGGGAUAUCAACGACCGCUGGAGAUCAAUGAUGUCUGGGCGGUGAAUCCCGAUCGGAGUAUCGAUGUGAUGAAGACGAAGUUGAUGAGGAAUUUGGAGUACCGAAAGGGACGCAAAGCCUACUUCUCUCCUCUGGUCAUGGCUUUGUUUGACACGUUCAAGGUGGAUGUGAUUAUUGGAGGUGCCUGCAAUUUCGUCGGUGCCAUGCUGCAGGUUUUGGCGCCGUUUGUGCUGAAAUAUCUGAUUGCAUUCGCUGGACGAGCAUACGCAGCGCAGAAUGGACAGGGAGUGGCGCCGCCGAUUGGUCAUGGAGUUGGUCUGGUCAUUGGCAUUACUGUCAUGCAGAUGCUUCAGUCCAUGACCAUCAACCAUUUCAUCUACCGUGGUAUGCUGACGGGAGGACAAAUCCGAUCAGUUCUCAUUAGCGUCAUAUUCGAGAAGGCAAUGAAGUUGUCUGGUCGUGCGAAAGCAGGAGGGAUCGAAGAUGUCGCCGCGGAGACGAAACCAGACUUCGCACCCGGCAGCAAGGAGGAGAAGAAAUGGUUCAAGAAGCAGUUGAAGAAGAAGGACGGCAAAAAGGGCGUCUCGGGCGAUGGUGUCGGCUGGCAAAACGGCCGCAUCGUCAACUUGAUGUCUACCGACACCUACCGUAUCGACCAGGCAUGCGGAAUGGGCCAUAUGAUCUGGACCUCACCCUUCCAAAUCCUGGUUACCCUUGCUCUCCUCCUCAUCAACCUGACCUACAGCGCCCUGUCCGGUUUCGCCUUCAUCUGCCUGAUGAUGCCGCUCCUCGCCAAGACCAUCGGCAUCCUCAUGGCUCGCCGCAAGGUCAUCAACAAAAUCACCGAUCAGCGAGUCAGCUUGACACAAGAAAUCAUCCAGUCCGUUCGCUUCGUCAAGUACUUUGGCUGGGAGACGAGUUUCCUCAGUCGCAUCGGGGAGAUUCGCGAUCGGGAGGUCAACAAGAUUUCGUUCUUGCUGUCGAUCCGCAAUGCCAUCAUGGCGGUGUCCAUGUCUCUGCCGAUUUUCGCUUCGAUGUUGUCGUUUAUCACGUACUCGCUUUCCGGAAAUGGACUCAACCCGGCUCCGGUGUUCUCCUCGCUGGCACUGUUCAACUCAUUGAGGAUUCCGUUGAACUUGCUGCCUAUGGUCAUUGGCCAGGUGGUUGAUGCGAACGCCUCUCUGACCCGUGUGCAGGAGUUCUUGGAUGCAGAAGAGGCACACGACGACUCGGAAUGGAAGAUGAAUGCGCCGAACGCGAUUGAGAUCGUGGAUGGCGACUUCACAUGGGAGAGGAAUACCACAAAUUCGAGCGAGGGCAAGCCCGGCGAGGAUCCCAAGGGUAGCAAGCAGUUGAAGCAGGAGAAGAAGGACGCCAAAGCGAAAGCGAAGGAGGAGAAGAAGGUGGCGAAGCAGGAGAAUGUGGAGACUGCACCUCCCACGCCGACGAAUGAGGAGGAGGAGCAGAAGAAGCCGUUCGAGGUGCGGGACAUCAAUCUCACAGUCGGGAGGGACGAAUUGAUUGCUGUAAUUGGAUCUGUCGGAAGUGGAAAGUCUUCCCUCCUCGCCGCUCUGGCCGGCGACAUGCGCAAGACCAACGGUAAUGUCACCUUUGGCGCGAACCGAGCAUUCUGCCCGCAGUAUGCUUGGAUCCAGAAUGCGACUGUGAGGGAGAACAUCAUUUUCGGCAAAGACUACAAUCGGAAGUGGUACGACACUGUUGUGGACGCCUGUGCAUUGCGACCGGAUCUGGAGAUGUUGCCGGCUGGUGACUCGACGGAGAUUGGCGAGCGCGGUAUCACUGUUUCAGGAGGCCAGAAGCAACGACUCAACAUCGCUCGUGCGAUUUACUUCGAUGCCGAUGUGGUUAUCAUGGACGAUCCUCUCUCGGCUGUGGAUGCACAUGUCGGAAGGCAUAUCAUGGACCAGGCGAUUUGUGGGUUGUUAAAGGGCAAGGCGAGAGUGCUGGCCACCCAUCAACUGCAUGUUCUGCAUCGAGUGGACCGCAUUGUCUGGAUGAAGGAUGGCCACAUCUUCAAGAUUGCGACGUUCCCCGAGCUCAUGGCCAAUGACGCGGAGUUUCAGAAAUUAAUGGAGACGACCGCUUCCGAAGAGAAGAAGGAGGACGAAGCAGAGGUCAACGAGGAUGAAGUCGAAGAGGAGAAGAAAGACGCCAAGAAGAAGCGCUCUCGCAAACCCGCCGCCGCGCUUAUGCAGCAGGAAGAACGUGCUGUCAAGAGUGUAGGCUGGGGCGUCUAUGCCGCUUACAUUCGCGCUUCGGGUUCCAUGCUCGUGUUGCCGCUGAUUGCGUUCCUCUUGAUCAUCUCGCAAGGCGCGAAUAUCGUCACGAGUCUGUGGCUUUCAUGGUGGACGUCCAACAAGUGGAAUACAUCGACGGGCAUCUACAUUGGGGUGUACGCCGCGCUGGGAGUCACGCAAGCAUUGCUGAUGUUCGCAUUCUCCGUUGCGCUGACCAUGUACGGCACCAAGUCGUCCAAGGUCAUGCUCAACCGGGCCAUCACACGAGUCCUCCGUGCGCCAAUGUCGUUCUUCGAUACUACGCCGCUGGGCCGCAUCACCAACCGCUUCUCCAAGGACGUCGACACCAUGGACAACACCCUUACCGAUUCGAUCCGCAUGUUCUUCCUCACCAUGGCCAUGAUCGUUUCCGUCUUCAUCCUCAUCAUCGCCUACUACUAUUGGUUCGCCCUCGCUCUCGUCCCACUGGUCAUCCUCUUCGUCUUCGCAACAUCCUACUACCGCGCCUCCGCCCGCGAACUCAAACGCCACGAAGCCGUAAUGCGCAGCGUAGUCUUCGCCCGCUUCGGCGAAGCCAUCAACGGCACCUCCACGAUCCGCGCCUACGGCGUCCAAAAACAAUUCGAACACGGCGUCAACGCAGCCGUCGACUCCAUGGACGGCGCCUACUUCCUCACCUUUGCCAACCAGCGCUGGCUCUCCACCCGCCUCGACGCCCUCGGCAACAUCCUCGUCUUCAUCGUCGGCAUCCUCGUCGUCACCUCCCGCUUCUCCAUCUCCCCCUCCACCGCCGGUCUCGUCCUCUCUUACAUCCUCUCCAUCGUCCAAAUGAUCCAAUUCACCGUGCGUCAACUCGCCGAAGUCGAAAACAACAUGAACUCCACCGAGCGCAUCCACUACUACGGCACCGAACUCAAAGAAGAAGCGCCCCUCACCCUCAACUCCCCACCCCCCUCCUGGCCCUCCGCCGGCGAAAUCAUCUUCGACAACGUCCAAAUGCGCUACCGCGACGGCCUCCCCCUCGUCCUCAAAAACCUCUCCAUGCACGUCCGCGCGGGUGAACGCAUCGGCGUGGUAGGCCGCACGGGUGCCGGAAAAUCAACCAUCAUGUCCACGCUCUUCCGCCUGGUCGAACUCUCCGGGGGAUCCAUCUCCAUCGACGGAGUCAACAUCGCUUCCAUCGGCCUGCACGACCUCCGCUCCAAAUUGGCCAUCAUCCCACAAGACCCCACCUUAUUCCGCGGCACGAUCCGCUCCAACCUCGACCCGUUCAACGAACACACCGAUCUCGCGUUAUGGCACGCCCUCCGCCAAGCCGACCUCGUCGCUCCCGACCAGGACCUCUCUUCUUCCCCCGCCUCCUCCUCCGAAGGACGCAUACACUUGGACACAGCGGUGGAAGACGAAGGCCUCAACUUCUCCCUCGGCCAACGCCAACUCCUCGCUCUCGCACGCGCUCUGGUGCGAAACAGCCAAAUCAUCGUCUGCGACGAAGCGACCAGUUCGGUCGACUUUGACACGGAUCGGAAGAUACAAAAGACGAUUGUGCAGGGUUUCAAGGGGAGGACGUUGUUGUGUAUUGCGCAUCGACUGAGGACGAUUGUGGGCUAUGAUCGGAUUUUGGUCAUGGAUCAGGGACAGGUGGCGGAACUUGAUUCCCCGUUGAAGUUGUAUGAAAGGGAGGGAGGGAUUUUUAGGGGGAUGUGUGAACGGAGUGGGAUUCGGCGGGAUGAUUUUUUUGAGAGUGAGGAGGUGAGGAUGGUGCCUGGGGGAGAAGGGGAGGGGACGAUGAGUCGGAUCGAGGGGGAGAGGGAUGAUAGGACGAAUUAG